AUGAUAAGUAGGUUUACUUCUAAAUGUAUUCACAAUAAUUCAAAAGGUUGUUAUAAGAAUUGUUUCUGUUACUGUUUAGACAUCAUCAAUCAUGAUCAUAAUUAUUUUGGUGUACAAGAACCCGUUGUUGAUCAUAAUGAACCUCUGCUUCCGGUUGCUGUAGUAAGACCACAGUCUUACACUGUAGUUCUAGGCAUUCAAAGAGGCACAGAAAUUAUAAGAGAUAAUCUUGGGUUCAUGUACUAUAAGAAUAAAGUAACAGAUACUAAAAUUUACUUGUCAUGUUACAAAAAAAAAUUGGAAGGACAGUGCCAUGCAACUGCUCAUAUAUCUCCGAACCGCAACGAUGAUAGGUUGACACUGUCAAAGCGCCAUUGUCAUGGUGUCAGAGAGUUCAACCUCAAUGUUCCACUGCUUCGACAGGAGAUAACUGAGAAAGCUUUGGAAAUAACAAUGAACUCAUAUACUCCACGUGGAAUUUAUAUGCAAGCAAUUGCAAACUUUCCAGAGGCUGCAGAGAACUAUACAUUUAUACAGAGUGUAGAGAGGAUGCGACGUUUAAGACAUACGUUUUUCCCUCAGACACCACGGAACAUGGCAAACUUGCACGAUUUGUUGACGGCUGCAGAUAAUGAAUGUUUUGCAAUGACACUACAGAAUCCUCCUAACAGGUUUUAUCAAGGUCCAUUGCUGGUAGAGGGAACUGUGAGUGGAGUCAUUUUUUGUAAUGUAGCCAAUAUAAAUGCAAUUGCACCAGAUUUGAGAAAUAUCCGAGUAGCAGGAUGCGAUGGCACAUUUAAGACUGUACCAAAAUUUUUAGAAAAUGACGCCUAUCAGUUAUUUUCUUUCCAAGUUGUAUUCAAGGAUGUUAGCUUCCCUUUAGUUCAUGCCCUUCUAAUUGGAAAAACUCAACAAAUUUAUGUUGAAUUACUUCAUUACAUAAGAAAUGUGCUUCCAUUAUGUUAUGAUCAGCUCACAAUUAUUACUGAUUUUGAGCAAGGGCUAAUCAAUGCAGUAAAUUUAGUUUUUCCAGAAAGUAAACACCAAGGGUGUUACUUUCAUUACUGUCAAGCAGUAAUAAGAUAUGCCAGAAACAAGAGGAGCAACCUAUUUCAAUUAUUCAAAGCUGACAAUAAUGCUGCUCGUGUGCUUCGAAUGAUUUUAGCAUUACCAUACUUACCAGCUACACAAAUUGGUGAUGUUUUACCUUCAAUGGAGGAUGGUUUUAAUAGCAUUGUUGAGUAUGUAAACCAAUUCCCAUAUUUGGCAUUGCAAUUAAACCAAUUUAUGUUUAAUUACAUUUGGGGAUAUUGGUUUAUAACAAUGGGACCAGCAGCUGUAACAGUAUUCAACCAGGUCAUUAGGACAAACAACUAUGUAGAAAGCUACCAUGCAUCGCUGCUGAGGCUGAUUAAGCCUCAUCCCAAAGUUUGGGAGUUUCUAAAAAAGGAGAAAAAAGUUAUACAUUGA